AUGAAGAUGCUUCGCUCCACCACGGCCCUCGCGCUGCUCGCACCCGCAAACGCGCUCUUGCGUUUCCCAUGCGCGCAGCUCGUCAUCGAUCGUCUUGAUCCGCUGGUCACGCCCGGCCAGGCACCUUCACCGCAUUUGCACCAGAUAUUGGGAGGCAAUUCCUUCAAUGUCACCAUGGCGCCGGAGAAGGAUAUGCCGGCGGAGUCGACGUGCACGUCUUGUCAGUUCAGCGAGGACUUUUCUAACUAUUGGACUGCUGUGCUGUACUUCAAGGCCCGCAACGGGACUUACAAGCGCGUGCCUCAGAUUCCUAAUUCCGGGUUCAAUGGGGUUAAUGGCGGGAUGACGGUGUAUUAUAUGCAAGAUGGGCUGUAUAACUUUCAGCAGACGUCAAAGGUGCAAGCGUUUCAACCGGGGUUCCGCAUGUUCAUCGGCGACGUCAACGCCCGCACAAAAGAAGAAGCAGAACGCUACCGCCAGCUCACUUUCACCUGUCUCAACGACAUCAACACCCGUGACCCCCAGACCCUAGAUUUCCCCACAGGACCCUGUAAAGCGGGAAUCAUGACCGCUGUCCGCUUCCCUACCUGCUGGGACGGUAAAAAUCUCGACUCCCCAGACCACAUGGCUCACAUGUCCUACCCCGAAUUCGGCUCCUUCGAGUCCGGCGGUCCCUGCCCAGCCUCACACCCCGUGCGCAUGGGCCAGCUCUUCUACGAGGUCAUCUGGGACACCACGCGCUUCAACAACAAAGCCGACUGGCCCGAGGACGGAAGCCAGCCGUUUGUGUGGAGUUUUGGGGAUGGAACCGGCUAUGCGAACCAUGGCGACUACCUCUUUGGCUGGAAAGGCGAUGCCCUGCAGCGCGCGCUCGACAGUCCUUGCUACCAGAAUUGUCCGACGCUGAAGACGCAGGAUGCGGCGGCGAUGAAUAAGUGUACGGUGCCGCGGGUGGUCAAGGAGGAGAUUGAUGAUUGGGUCAAGGAGCUGCCGGGUGGGUUUCAGGCGAAUUAUAUCAAGAAGAGGUGGGUGGAUUAG